AUGCAGGUUGAAGAGCAACUUCAAGAGAAGUUAAACGCAAUUACUCAUAGUCCAUAUUAUGGUUGUACUGUACGAGUCGUAUCAAAAGCUCAACUUUCCUAUGAAGGUGUACUCGAUGGAAUAAGUACCAAUAAGGACCGUAUAUUUCUCAAGAAUGUACGUGUCAACGCAAAUGUAACGCCUCCAUUUAAACGAAAUACUUCUAUCGAUAAUAUUGAGAAAAACAGUACAAGUGAUUCAUUAAAUGCUGUUAUGAUUGAUCAUUUAACAACUGAUAUACGUACAUAUGAACAAGUAUGUUUAAAUGUACGUGAUAUUCAAGAAUUAAGACUUAUACAAUUACCAUCAACAUUUAAUGAAUCAAAAGCAAAAUUACGAGCUAUUGAUCCAUGUCUUGUUGAUAUUCGUUUAUCAUCAUCGGAUGAUUAUGAAACACGAACAAAUGGAUCAAUAAAUGAUUAUUUAUCACGUGCACCGAUAGCACGUCAAAAACGUGGUGAAUCAUUUGGUAGUACAGGGGGCGAUGCAUUAAUGUCUUCAAGUUCAAAUGAAUCAUCAUCUUCAUUUGGUCAUCGUUCUCGUGAAAAUUUUGCUGAUGAAAGUAAUGAUGAAUCAAUUGAUGAGCAAAUCGAAAAAUUUAGUCAAUUAACAACAUCACAUUCAAAUUCAAAACCAAUUACAUUACUUGCUAAAAAAGUUUUACCAAAAAAAAUUGAACGACGUACAGAUUUAUUAUCAACAGCAACAACUAAUACAGAUCCUAAUCUUCGUCAAAAUGUUUCGGAUAAUCAUCAAACAAAUGAAAAUUUAACACGAACUAAUGAUAACAAUAAUAAUAAUAAUACAGCAAAAAAAAGUAUUAUAAUAAAUCAACAUCGAAAAAUAUCUCCAGUACGUGUAACUAUUACAAGUAAAUUAAAUCCAAAUGCUACUCCAUUUUAUACUCAACGACGAAAUUUACCUGCAAUGCAUAAUUCAUCAAUGACAUUUUAUGAUCGACCUCGUUUUCGACCACGUUUAUCAACAGUGGUUUCACCAGAUCGUCAACAAUCAAUACCGUAUGGAAGAAAUAUAAUAACCAAUCAACCGUAUUACCCACAACAACAGCAACUGCAACAGCAACAGCAGCAACAGCGACAACAACAAAACUCUCAACAAAGAUUUGUUCCAUUACGACAAAUGGCUAUCAAAAAGGAUAAUACACAAGUAAAUCUACCACGAACAAAUGCAAGACCUACUCGAGGACCACCACUAACAGCAGCUAAAUAUCGUUUUUAUUCAUCAACUGCUUUGGAUAAACGAUCAUAUCCUCAACAACAGCAACAGCAGCAACAACAACAACAACAGCAACAUAAGCAAAAAAUAUCAAAUACUGUUCAAGGUCCAGGACUUACGCGUCAAACAUCAUUACCAGCAGAAAAUCAAUCAAUAUUAACACCGCAACCAAUUCAAGAGGGCUUUUUUAGACAGCGUAACAAUCCUAUACAUCAAUCAACAACAAGUAUUAAUUCAACUGCAAGUCUACCAUAUCAUUAUGGAAGUUCAGUCGAUCAUAAUCCUAGGCAAACACCAAUAUCAUUUGGAGAACCAAUUGGUUCACGUCGUAAUCAACGUACUAUUUCAAUGGCAAGUAGUUGCAGUGGUUCAAAUGCUGAUAUUGGUCCUCAUUCAAUUGUUCAAUUUGAUUCAUCAUCAUCAAAUAUAUUACCAUCAUUUAACGAACAAUACGAUUUUGAAAAAGCUAACGAAGAAUUUCGUCGAUAUCUUGAACUAGAAGAGUUAGUAACACGUCGUACUUCACAUUGUUCAAAUGGAUCAUGUUCCGAUCUUAAUGCACCACAACAACAAUCGCAAGCAGGUUCCUAUAAAAAAGAUGUUUCAUUUUUCGAUCAUAUUUCAUGUACUGCUACAACUGGUACAGCAGUUGGUUAUACUGAAAUGGAUGAAACAGAAAAAAAUCUUGAAACAUUUGGUGAUGAUGCUCUUUUACUUGCUACAAAUUCCAAUGACAACGAAUGGCAAAUUUAA